ACCCGUUCGUUCCAAAAGCAACAAAUUUGCUUACGGGGGAGUUCCACUCACGGAUUCCGAUUCCCAUUCUGAAUUCCUUCCAUGGCUAUGGCGACUUCCAGCUCCACCUUCGUCGCUUCUUCCUACUCUUCUCCAUCACUUCCGUCUAGGUUUUUGGAUGCGGAGUUCGGUUCUCAAGCCUCUCACUGUGAGGCGUUCAGGAUUGCCUCGCUCUUUCUUCGCAAGGGGAGCUCUGGAGCUGCUAGGCUGACUUUCUUGCGGAAAUGGAAUAUCCCAAGUGCAUCGACUAAUGGUUUGAAUGCAGUCAGUCCAACCUCAUUGGUAUUUGAUCAAGAAAAUGAGCCAAUGCCCAUAGUUCUCAUAGAUCAGGAUUCAGACUCCAGUGCAACAAUAGUGGAAGUCAGUUUUGGUGAUCGCCUUGGAGCUCUUAUUGAUACGAUGAGAGCACUAAAAGACUUGGGUUUGGAUGUGGCAAAGGGGACUGUUUCCACAGAGGGAUUAAUCAAGCAAACAAAACUUUAUCUGACAAGAGACUUUGGCCGCAAAGUAGAAGAUCCUGAUUUGUUGGAGAGAAUUCGAUUAACCAUCAUCAACAACCUUUUGAAGUAUCAUCCAGAAUCUAGUCAACAGCUUGCAAUGGGUGAGGCUUUUGGAAUUCAACCUCCAGAGAAGAAGCUUGAUAUUGAUAUUGCAACUCAUGUUCACGUGAAACCAGAUGGACCUAAAAGGAGCCUACUUUACUUAGAGACAGCGGACCGACCUGGACUGAUACUUGAAGUUAUAAAAAUACUUGCCGACAUCAACAUUGAAGUUGAAUCCGCAGAGAUAGAUACAGAAGGGUUGGUCGCCAAAGACAAAUUUCAUGUCAGUUAUGGUGGAGCUGCACUAAAUAGUUCCUUAUCUCAGGUACUGGUAAAUUGUCUACGUUACUACCUGAGGAGGCCCGAGACCGACAUAGAUAGUUACUAAGAUCUCGAGGAACAUCACCUCAAUGUAAGCUUUAAAACUGUCAGUGUACUCAUUAUUUGUGAGCUCUCUCAUAAUUUCUGGAAUUUUAUGUUCCGAAUUUGAAGCUCUCAGAUGCAUUCUGAGACGCUUUUCGUAUGAAUGCUGAUUAACUAAAGAAACUGUUUAUCCGGAGAUUAGAGAUGAAGGAUCAGAUAUUGUCUCACAAGUCGCAACAAAUGCAAGCUCCAAAAGGUAAUCGAUCUCGUCUUUUAUGCAGGGCAUUGUUUUCACAUACCAAAUUGAAAAAAAUAUUUGAAGUACAAAAUCUAUUUACUUUUAGAAGCUUGUAAGAAGGAAAUAAACCGAUACGGUUGUACAAUUUCCCCAAGUCUGUCCACUUUAGGAGAGUGACGAUUUCGAAUGAAAAAGUGACGAUUCAUUCACAUGAUUA